AUGGAUAAUAAAAAGUGGAAAGGGAUCACUGCACUUUUUGGAUGUUUCAUUGCCAAUAUGGUUUCAGGGACUAUCAAUUUGUGAGGAGCUGUUGGGAUUUAUUUUACUUCCUAUUACCACGCGAAGGAUUCUGCAAUAAGUGAGUCUGAUAUGUAUUUGGCAUUCGCAGUGGCUUAUGCUCUGGAAUCGUUAUUUUUUAGUAUGAGUCUAUAUAGUAAUUGCAAGCUCUCUGAGUGAAAUUAUAGGACCAAAAUUAACCUCAUUAAUUGGUGUAUGAAUUGGGAGUCUAUUUCUGCUUUCCUGCUCAUUUAUAGAAGAGCCUUAUCUCUUUUGUGUUUUCUAUGGAUUUUACGGAGGAAUUAUUUCUGGGAUGAUUGAUGUCCCUAUAAUCUGGGCUUGCUGGGAAUUUUUCCCUGAUAAAAUUGGAAGAGUUACAAGCAUAGGCUUCGCAGGGUACAGCUUAGGGCCUAUGGUUUUUGGGUUUAUAUGAACCAUGCUAGUCAAUCCAGGAAAUGAUUCUCCACAUUCCAGCCAUAACGGAAAUACAAGCACAAGCUAUUUUGGGAGCAAUGUCUAUGAUAAAGUCCCUGCAUCCCUAAGGUGGAUGUCAUUAAUGUACUUUCUGGUCGCUACAAUUGGAGCACUUUUAGUUCGGAGUAAAUCAAAAGAAAAGAAAAAAGUGAAGUCCACUCAAAAAAUAUCAUCUAUAGUUCAACAAAAGGAAUUUUGGCUGAUGUUUUUUAACUUUUAUUUUCUUUUUGCUCCAUACAGUUUUAUUUUUACAAACUAUAAGAGCAUUGGCUUAACAAAAAUCAAAAAUGACCACUUUUUUGCUUAUUUAGGCUCUGCUGGAUUUUUUUCAGCAUGCAUUGCAAGACUUAUAUGGGGAUAUUUGGUAGACAAAUAUGGCUGGAGAAAAAUUGCGUUAUUUUCAUGCAUAAUUCAGACUUUAGUCUGUGCUUCGAUUUACUAUGUAAUAGAAUUCGAAGAAUUAUAUGCUAUUUGGGUUCUUGUGGAGUUUAUAUUUGGCAGUGGGACUUAUCUUAUCUUAAUGAUGGGAUGUUCUGCUUUAUAUCCUAAAGAUGACUGGGUAGUUUCCUAUUGUGGAAUUGGGAUGACUUUAAUUGUCGCUACCUUAUAUGGUAUUCAGUUAUCAAUCACUCCAGUAUUUUUUAUAUAGAUAAUUGGCUAUGGAUUUACAUUUAUCAUACUAGUAAUCUGUGUGAUUAAUAGCUUUGUCCUUACUUAUUUCACUCCAAAUGCUGCUCCCAAUGAAAAGCAAGAUGUUUCCUUAAUUAGCCUUACUAAUUAG